AUGCAUCUACAUGAGGCACUCAAACCCCGUCCCGAUGGCCCAGGGAACGAGCUCGAUCCCGAGCUUGUCCAACUGCUGACGCGCAUGUUCGCGCGUCUGGCGAACGAAAAGAAACUUCGGCGUCUGACCAUGGACGGCAUGGACCUCAUUGCUGAGCACCCGGCGCUCAUGGAGACCAUCGCCACGCUCCCCGAGCUCGAGGAUAUCCAGUUUUUCUUGUUGCCGCCGAAAGCUGUUACAGGAUUCGCGCUCAAACUUAAGAGCAGGCCCCACAGAUUCACGUUGUCCCAGAUGCAGUUCUGCGGAGAAGAUUCUAGCAUCGCCGACAUCCUGAACUACAUGGCACCAUCCAGCACUCCAGUCGCAGAUGAAGAGACGCACAACGCGAACAGCCCGGCCACUGAAGUUGUCCAACACGGUGUCCUCGCGUCACUCUCUUCCCUAAAGUUUCUCUAUGUAUCUCUUUUAAUUUAUCCCCCAUCCGCGCCGCCCCUGGUUGGCUGCUUGCAAUUUUGCUCUGUAGACGAACUGGCUCUUGUGGAUGGCUUUGUGCGGAUGGAUUCGGUGUUCCAUGCGUUCCCUAAGGUCCGCAGGUUGACCCUACGCUUCCCUGAGGACACGAAUUACCACGACGAAUCUGGUCCUACUCCCCGGCGGGAUCUGGACCACCUCAACAUCUCCGUCUCUUCGUUCGCGCUGUGGCAGACCAAGUCACUCGUCUCAUGGCUAGAACUGGACCUUCAGGACUGCAAACUCACGCCUCACAUUCCAUGGCAGGAAAUGUCCCCCGUCGCGCUAACGGUACAUUACAAAAUUCUCAAGGGACACAACCGGGAUUUCUGGCGAGAACUGGUGACGGUGAUACCCCACACAGUGAGAUCGUUUGAGCUCAUACUAGCGAUGGACAUGAUGCCCUGGGACACCGGUCAUGCCAGCCACACAAGUGACGUCUUCUUUCUGCUCGAUCUAGUGAGGAUCGUCCUGGAGGAACUUGCACACGCGAGUUUGCCCCUCGUAUACCUCCGCGUGUACUGUGUGAUACUUGAUGAACACAUAGACCACGACACCACCAUUGACCCCCUGAGAUUGAUCCCGUGGGAAGUGAAGGAGCACCUGCCGGGAUUACAGUACCUCUCGCUGGGAGUCGGUGAGUGGAUAAAUCACCACCUGACGCCUUUCCUCCCCACGAAUGAUCCCAAGUGGCGGUACUCUUGGUGGCGAUUCUCAGAAGACGAUGAGGAGGGGAGAUAUAUGCCUGUCGCUGUCGGAGAGCGGCUGAGAAAGGAGAUGUUCAUGCGAGGUUGCGACUUCAAGUCGCUCGCGAUGAGGGAGGUUCAGUUGAGCAAGAACAUAGGCGAUACGGACUGGUUGCAAUUAUAA